UAGAGUUACCAUACUUGUCCUUCUCCUAUAUUCAGUUAUCGUUAGCUAAGAAGGUUAUUGAGCGGAACUAACAAAAUUUAGACAAAUUUAACUUAUUAUCUGUUCGUAAUAUACCAGGCAAGGUCGUAUUAGUGUGGACCCUAAUAGACUUAAUCCAAUUUCUUCCCGCAUUUUGGCGAGCCUAGAACCUAAACCCGGCCAUAGACCAGACUUUCCGAUGGACCACAGGGAUAGUCACCAACCACUUCUUCAUCAACGAUCUCUUCUACUAGAAUCACAGGAGAAAAAAAGGUGUGCAGAGGAGUUUGGAUCUCUGUUUGGUUCCCAUAAUCCUGGAGAUAUUCCAUCUUCAAUACAAUCCAGGCUAUCAGCUCAAGACGAGAGCAGAUCUUUGGGUCUUCAUUCUUUAGACAACAGUAGCAGAAACCUUUAUACAAUUGAUGGCGCCUUUAAAAAGUUAAAGACUGAAGGGGAGAAUGGAAGCAUGCAUAAUCCUUCAGCCUCUACCUGUCCUACACCUGCUAGAAGACGACAUAGAACAACGUUUACCCAAGAGCAGCUGCAGGAGUUGGAAACUGCAUUUGCAAAAUCUCAUUACCCUGAUAUAUACUGUAGAGAGGAACUAGCCAGAUCUACUAAACUAAACGAAGCCAGAAUACAGGUUUGGUUCCAGAACAGGAGAGCUAAGUAUAGGAAACAGGAGAAACAACUACAGAAAGCUUUAUCUUCUCCAGCUGUUAUACCCUCCUGUAGUCCUGCAGACUACGCUGGUAUGAUGCGAGGACUUUAUCCCGGAGGGCAGGGUGGGGGAGGUAGUCGAGGAUAUCCCCACCCAGGAAUACAGGGUUAUCAUCAACAUAACCUUCAUCGCUACAAUCAGAUGACCGACAGCUUUUACCAGGAUAUGACACUACAGCACUAUUCUACGGCAGCUACUACGGAUACAAAGGGGUAG